CAGUCGAUCCGACGUCGCGGUAACAGGCUCAAACGGGCCCAGUGUGGUGCACUCGGGACAUUUUAACGUCGUCGUACAGUUCGUGUGGUCGUGAUUUUUCGUUUUGAUCUAUCAGUGUCGUUCGCUAGCCAAAUUUGAGCGAUUCUCACCGAUCUGUGCGGUGUGUGUGUGUGCGUGUUGAUGUAUUAUUAUUAUCAUUAUUUUUUCUUUUGCAGGCUAGACGAAUAACGUUUACUACGCGCACAGAGUGUGAAAUAAGCGAAGCGAUAAAAAUAAAAACAAAAAGGUAGUCGCAAAAAUGACUUCGAAAAACGACAAAAGUCCGUCGGCGAGCGACAGUCUCCGAAUAACGUCGUUGCACUCGACCGGUUCCAAGAGCGUGGACGACAACGAGAGCCGUCAGGACAAAGCCUCGCUGUCGGCCGUCAAAUGGCACUCGGCGCCGACGACCGGACCCGAACACGGACGAUCGUCGUCGCCGUCGUCCGCGAGCAAGUCUGCACCGGGCACGGCGACGACCGAAUUGUCGGUGGCCGGCGGCGGCGGCGGCGGUUGGAGAUCGCUCCAGAGACAAAAAGUAGUGACCGCAGCGCCGACGCUCGAAGACGACGAGGACGGACGGCCGCAGGUCACGGCCGCGACACCGGCCGACGCUGACCGGUCGCCGCGUAAACGUUCGGCGGCGGUGCGUCGCGGUUACAGUUGCCAAGAACCGUGUGCCGCCCGCCGGCCGAUGACGAUGAACACCUGUGGUUGCGUGGCCGUGGGCGGCGUGGGCGGCGCCAUCACGGCGGCCGGCGAGAACAGGAGGCGCUGGCUGUCGGCGGACACGAGUGGCGGCGGCCACGCCGUCGCCGGCACGAGCCGGUCGAUGGAGUGUCUGCCGUCGCCCCAACCGCCGUCCACGCCGCAGCACCUGCACCACCGCACCAGCUUCAUAAUGGCCGCGGACGACCGCAAGUCGCUGGACAGCUGCCUGGACGACGUGGGGGCCACGGCCGCGGCCGCCGAGAUGGCCGACCGCCGGCGCGGCAUGUUCGCGUCCACCCGGACGUCCGUGCCGUCCCAUCUGUCGCUCGCCUUGCCGUCCUGCGAGCGCCGCCUGACCAUCCUUUCGCCGCACACGCACACGCCGUCCACGCCGGCCGCUUUUUACUCGUCGUCGUCGUCUACGGAGACCGCUUGGCACUUUUGCACGUCGUCCACGGCCACCGCCAUGUCGUCUUCCGCUUCGUUCGCAUCGCAUCACUCGACCGGAGCCGGGGCCGCGUCCACGGCCUCGGGCAACGCUUGCGGCGGCAGGCCCCGCAAGAAGUGCCGGCCCGGCAUGGUGUUGCCUCGUCUCGUGCUUCCCGGAAGUUCUGACUUGGAUAUAUUUUCACAUUUUGAUGUGGAAAAUGGAGCUGGCACUAGUCCUGGUAGAUCACCGCUGGACGGCGGAGGUACAUCCCCUUCAGCUGGUCUGGUGCUUCAAAAUUUGCCACAGCGGCGAGAGUCGUUCCUGUAUAGAUCAGACUCCGAUUUCGAAGUUUCGCCAAAGUCCAUGUCCAGAAACUCAUCCAUUGCCAGCGAAAGAUUGAAAGAGACUGAAGCCAUUUUGGAAAGAUCAACCCAUGGUGAAGAUCUCAUCGUUACACCGUUUGCACAAAUACUGGCGAGCCUACGAAGCGUCCGCAAUAACUUCUUAAGCCUCACCAAUGUACCAUCACAAAAGUCUCGAAGAUCAUCCGGCGCCGCUGGCAAUAGUACCCCGCAAAGCCGAGUUGUCAAUCCCGGAGAUGAUGCAUAUCUUAAGAUGUCCAUCGAGACUAUCGAGGAACUGGAUUGGUGUUUGGAUCAAUUGGAAACUAUCCAAACACAUAGAUCAGUUUCAGACAUGGCAUCAUCGAAGUUCAAAAGGAUGCUUAACAAAGAGCUUAGUCACUUCUCCGAGUCUAGUAAAUCUGGAAAUCAAAUAUCUGAAUACAUUUGUUCCACGUUUCUUGAUAAACAACAAGAGCUGGAUAUACCGUCACUGCAUACCGAUGAAAACCAAGAUGAAGGGCGGCAAACCUCUAAUAAAGCGUCGUCGUCCUCCGGCGCGUCCAAUUCACAAUCCGGCGCACCGUCCAAGAAAAAAGACGUUAAAUCCAAAGUGACGCCGAUGUCGCAUAUAUCGGGCGUGAAAAGGGCCUUAUCGCACACAAACAGUUUUGCCGGCGAACGGCUACCAAAAUUCGGCGUCGACACGCCCAAAGAAGAAGAAUUGGGACACACUUUGGCCGAAAUUGACAAAUGGGGUAUCGAUAUAUUCCGGAUAGCCGAUCUGACCAACAACCGGCCACUGACGGCUAUAGCGUACACCGUGUUCCAGAACCGAGAGCUUUUGAAAACGUUCAUGAUUCCGGCUAAAACGUUUGUUGCGUUCAUGAUGACUCUAGAGGAUCAUUACGCCAAAGACAAUCCUUUCCACAAUAGCACUCACGCGGCGGACGUUGUCCAGUCCACCAACGUUCUGCUAAAUUCGCCGGCUUUGGAGAGUGUUUUUACUCCACUGGAAAUCACUGCCGCCCUUUUCGCGGCCGCCAUACACGAUGUUGACCAUCCCGGACUAACCAAUCAGUUUCUCAUCAACUCGAGUUCUGAAUUAGCUCUGAUGUACAACGACGAGUCCGUGCUGGAAAACCAUCAUUUAGCAGUGGCUUUCAAACUUUUACAAAAUGACGGAUGUGACAUAUUCCAGAAUAUCAAUAAAAAACAAAGGCAGACUCUGAGAAAAAUGGUUAUCGACAUGGUACUUUCAACUGACAUGUCAAAGCAUAUGAGUCUGUUGGCUGACCUCAAAACCAUGGUGGAAACAAAAAAAGUAGCCGGUUCCGGGGUACUAUUACUGGACAAUUACACCGACAGAAUACAAGUCUUGCAAAACUUGGUACAUUGCGCGGACUUGAGUAACCCCACCAAACCGUUAGAACUAUAUAAACGAUGGGUAGACCUGUUGAUGGAAGAAUUCUUCCAACAAGGUGACAAAGAGCGAGAACAAAACCUAGACAUCAGUCCGAUGUGCGACAGGCAUAGCGCUACGAUAGAAAAAUCACAGGUUGGAUUUAUUGAUUACAUCGUGCACCCUCUGUGGGAGACGUGGGCCGACUUAGUGCAUCCCGACGCCCAGGAAAUACUCGACACUCUCGAAGAAAAUAGAGACUGGUACCAGAGUAUGAUUCCACCCAGUCCGCCUGCCGACGAGUCCGAAGACCGCGAGAGCGGCGACGAAGAUGAUUCGAAACCCUCGGCUAGUGACCAGGACCCAAACAUCAGGUUCCACGUGACACUUGAGGAAGGUGACGAAGACUCGGUGGCCGCAAUGUGACGCAAACUAGUCGGCUGGUGUCGCAAGCUGGGCGAAAAAGUCAACUCCUGGUGGAGGACCAAGCAAUGAGCAAAGCAAUUAGCGGUUCAUCUGGUCCCCGUCCUGGAAAAAAAUUUAAAAAAUCACAGCGCCCCUUGUCCCCAAGAAUUACAUGGUGUGUCCGUGUAUCUGUGUGUAUGCGUGUGCGUGUACGGAUUCAAUCCAAAACGCUUUUUUUUCUGUCUAUGUAAAAAAAAAAAACAAGUUUAAAAAAAGAUAAUGAUUAAUGAUAAUAAUAAAAGAAAAAUGAAAAAAAAAAUUAAUUAACUGCAAAUUCCUUUAAUCUCAUUUACAUAUAGUUAUAAUAUAAUAUAUAAAACGCGAAUAAAAAAAAAACCUUUAUUAUUAUUAUUAUUAUUAUUAUUAUUAUUAAUAAUUUGAUGUAAUUUUGUUGUUAUACAUUUAGGUACGUAUUAUUAAUUAUUAAUUAAUGUUAGCUUGUGUUGUUCGGAGAGAGAAUUUGCUCGUUUGUUUGUUUGUUUGUUUUUAUUAUUAUUGAAUACCGUUUUCGUAGUUGUUCUUCAUUUGAUUUUUCAAAUAAUUAUCUUUCUUGUUUAGUCAUUAUUUUAAUAUUUAUUGAUGUUAUAGCUGUUUAAUAAAAAGAAAUGAUGUUAUACAUAAGAAUAUAUACAAUUAACUAUUGUAAUAAUUAAUAGUUAUAUUAUUAAUCUUAUAUCUUUUGGACAUAUAAUUUUAAGUAAUAUAAACAAAUGUAUAUCCCUGAAAAUGAACCUAACCUGAUUAAAAUAUCGUGUAACUAAGUAACGUGGGUUUUUUCAUAUUGUAAGAGAUGGAGUUUUGGCUUUGAUAAUUUUUUUAUGUACAUAUAUGUAUUUUUUUACUUGUAUUAUUCAAGUUACUAUAAACAAAACAUAUGCAACACUUUAAUUUAGAUUUUUACCAUUUCCAAAUAUAUUUUGAUCUUAUUUACAUUCAUAGUUUGAUAUACUAUUGGUACUCAAAGAAAUCUGAAAUCAAAAAUUAUAUUCAAAUCUCGUAAUUUAGAAAUUGGGAUUUUAUUCUUUUUUAAUAUUUGUUGAGUAUGAAUUAUGAAUCAAUGGUAAAAUAACUCUGAUGUUUACAAUCUUACCAAGUCGAAAUCGAAAUCUAUAAAUGACUUUAAACUAUUUUAUCAUCGUUAUAAUUUUUAUAUAUUUUAACGUUUUCGUUUACUAUUGUCUGUAUAUUGUACGACAUGCACUAAAAUGUCUCCAACAACUUUCGAUUAAGACUGUGAUUUUCGUUUACCUGCUUACUGCAAUAUUUACACGUUACUUUUUUCGGUUGGGUUCAUACAUUUUUCGUUUUAUUCUAUAAAUUCAAAAAUAUAUAUUAUAAUUGCAGAUUCCAUAUAAUUGUCAAUUCACUUGCAUUUCUCAUCCGAUAGUAUUUUAUUUAUUAUUUACUAUUUAGGUAUACUUGCAAAUGAAAUGUUACCUUUCUUUGUAUUUACAAAUGUGUAUAUUAUAUUUAUAUACAUUUGUUGGAUAUGAUAAUUAUUAGUGUGUAUUCAUUUUAUAAUUUAAACGACUAGUCAAUUUUUCGCAAAAUAUUUGUACAAAUUGUAUUACCCUCCCUGCCCCUUCAUCUCCAUUUUUAAGUUUAUUUAAUAUUCUUAUUUCUAAAAACCACGUUUGUCUAUUGACUGUCUAUUUUAUAUAAGCUUGGUAAUUCAGGGUCCCCGAUUUUUGUCCAAAUUCCUAUUUACUUUUUUUAUAUUAUAUAUAUACAUAUAUAUUAAUAUAUUAUGUAUGUAUAUAUAUAUAUAUUUAUUUAAUAUAUAAUUAAUAAUAAAUACUAAACGUGUAAAUAAUAUACGUCUCUUCCUAUAUUACUUGUAAAAAAAAUACAAUAGAUACAUACACAUAUAAUACCAUAAUAUCUGUACAAUAUAUAAUAUAUAUAUAUAUAUUUAUAUAUAUAUAUAUAUAUGUUCUAUUUAAAUUACGGAGAAUAUCUUUCGUGAGCCUUAGUUAUUGUCAUAUUAUUAUAAUAUCAUCUUUUGCAUCUGUUGAUAACACACAUCCUAAUUAUAUAAUAUUAUAUAACAAUACACUAUGGCCGUUUAGUGUGUACCACUUUGUUUGUUUCUAAAGGAUCUAACGAGCGGUGCUUAAUUAAUAAUUUGAAUUUAAGAACAAUUUUAUUUAUCUGUGUUGUAUUCAAAGUUAAAUGCACAUCGAGUAUAUAUAUAUUUAUAUAUUAUAUGAACAUACAUCAUACGUGUCUGUAUGUGUUUAUAAAAAUAUAUAUAUUUACAUAAAUAUUAUUAUUAUUAUUAUUAUGAUUAUUAUUAUUAUUAUGUCUAUAGGUCUGUAAUUUUGUACCAAAUAGAUCGAAUAAAAUAUGGAAAACUCGGUACAAUA